AUGGUCCAUCCACGCCGCGCCCCACACCGAUCUGGCGUUGGGGGCCCUCUAGGGGGUCGUGGCCGUCCUCUGAGGCCCCUCGUGGCCCAUGCCCCUCGCUCGCGCUCUUGGCCGGCCAGACCCCGGGGUCUGCAGCCGCCGCGGAUCCGGACUCGUUCAGCCCCUCCUAUGAAAGGCGCGAGGGUCUUUGGCGCCCUGGGUCCCGUCGGGCCCUGCUCUCCAGGGCUGUCCCUUGGCGGCCUGGUGGUGGGUGAACACCGGUUAAGCAACAAACUGCUGGCCUGGAGUGGCAUCCUCGAGUGGCAGGAGAAACGCAGACCCUUCUCAGACUCGGGGGCCAAGCUGAAGCGGACACUCCCCUGCCAGGCUUUUGUCAACCAGGGUGAGAACUUGGAGACUGACCAGUGGCCCCAGAAGCUGAUCCUGCAGCUGAUCCCCCAGAAGCUGUUGGCCGCUCUGGGGCCUCUGUUCCGCAACUCCCAGCUGGCGCAGUUCCAGUUCACCAGCCGAGACUGUGACUCCCUCAAGGGUCUCUGCAGAAUCAUGGGCAACGGCUUUGCGGGCUGCAUGCUGUUCCCCCACACGGCGCCCUGCGAGGUGCGCGUUCUGAUGCUCCUCUAUUCGUCCAAGAAGAAGAUGUUCAUGGGCCUCAUUCCCUACGACCAGAGCGGCUUCGUCAACGGCAUCCGCCAGGUCAUCACCACCCACAAGCAGGUAGUGGGCCCCCGAGGUGUCAAUGCAGGGCCCCUGCAGAUGGUCAGCAAUAAAUUCCUGGCGUGGAGCGGGGUCCUGGAGUGGCAGGAGCCCAGACCAGAGCCCAACAUCCGCUCCAAGAGGUGGCUGCCAUCCCACAUCUACGUGAACCAGGGCGAGAUCCUGAGGACCGAGCAGUGGCCCAGGAGGCUUUUCAUGCAGCUCAUACCACAGCAGUUGCUGACCACGCUGGUGCCGCUGUUCCGGAGCUCACGGCUGGUGCAGUUCCACUUCACCAAGGACGUGGAGACGCUCAAGAGCCUGUGCCGGGUCAUGGACAACGGUUUUGCCGGCUGCGUGCACUUCUCCUCCAGGGCGUCGUGCGAGGUGCGCGUGCUCAUGCUCCUCUACUCCUCGGAGAAGAAGAUCUUCAUCGGCCUCGUCCCCCGCGACCAGAGCAGCUUCGUCAGCGGCAUCCGCCGCGUCGUGGCCAACCAGCAGCACGUCCUGCAGAGCAGCCUGCAGCAGGAGCAGCAGCAGCGCGGGGUCCUGUCCAAUCAGGGCCCCUGGGACGUGCAGUCGCCCGGUGAGACAGAGGACGGCGUGCCGAGAUGCCCCACGGAUGAGCCGUACGUCCAAAUAAAGUCUUUCGAAAACCUGCUUGCGCCCUCGUUUGCUGUGCUGAACCCCACACUCUGUUCUCAGUGGCCAAGGCAAGAGAGCCCGGUGAUGGGCUGGCUGAACUGGGGGGUCUUUCCUGCUGGAAAGUGGGCACCUCGGGUGCUGCCCCCGCCGGUUCACCACUGUGUUCCAAGGGUCCGGUGA